CAUCUGUGUUGGUACUGAUAAUUGACACAGAGCAGCCGUCAUGUCAGCUAUGGGGAGCAUACAGCAGAGAAACCUUCGCUAUUUGGCCCUUAUCUUUUUCCUCCUGACCGCUUCUUCACCUGCUGCAGAGAGCCUCUCAAAGCCCAGCAUCUCCAUGAAUCCUGCUGGUGAGGUUACCUGGGGUCAGGACGUCAGCAUCACUUGUUCCAUCUCAACUCAGCAUUUAGGUGGAACAUUCCUCCUGCAGCAGACCUCAGGCUCAUUCAGAAAGACCCAAACAUCAAGUACCAACUCUGCUACCUUCAUUAUACCUAAAGUGAACUUUGAUAACGAAGGAUCGUACCAGUGUCAGUAUCAGACAAGUGUUUCCAGUCGAGACUUCAGCUCCCCUUUAAGUGACUCUGUCAGACUCUCUGUUACUGUGAGACUUCCAAAGCCCAACAUCUCCAUGAAUCCUGCUGGUGAGGUUACCUGGGGUCAGGACGUCAGCAUCACUUGUUCCAUCUCAACUCAGCAUUUAGACGGAACAUUCCUCCUGCAGCAGACCUCAGGCUCAUUCAGAAAGACCCAAACAUCAAGUACCAACUCUGCUACCUUCAUUAUACCUAAAGUGAACUUUGAUAACGAAGGAUCGUACCAGUGUCAGUAUCAGACAAGUGUUUCAAGACGAGACUUCAGCUCCCCUUUAAGUGACUCUGUCAGACUCUCUGUUACUGUAAGUCUUCCAAAGCCCAGCAUCUCCAUGAAUCCUGCUGGUGAGGUUACCUGGGGUCAGGACGUCAGCAUCACUUGUUCCAUCUCAACUCAGCAUUUAGGUGGAACAUUCCUCCUGCAGCAGACCUCAGGCUCAUUCAGAAAGACCCAAACAUCAAGUACCAACUCUGCUACCUUCAUUAUACCUAAAGUGAACUUUGAUAACGAAGGAUCGUACCAGUGUCAGUAUCAGACAAGUGUUUCAAGUGAAAAAGUCAGCUCCCCUUUAAGUGACUCUGUCAGACUCUCUGUUACUGUGAGACUUCCAAAGCCCAACAUCUCCAUGAAUCCUGCUGGUGAGGUUACCUGGGGUCAGGACGUCAGCAUCACUUGUUUGAUCUCAACUCAGCAUUUAGGUGGAACAUUCCUCCUGCAGCAGACCUCAGGCUCAUUCAGAACGACCAAAACAUCAAGUACCAACUCUGCUACCUUCAUUAUACCUAAAGUGAACUUUGAUAACGAAGGAUCGUACCAGUGUCAGUAUCAGACAAGUGUUUCAAGACGAAACUUCAGCUCCCCUUUAAGUGACUCUGUCAGACUCUCUGUUACUGUGAGUCUGCAGCCGCCCAGCAUCUCCCUGACGUCUCCUAACAGAGGUUCAGAGGUCACCAGGGGGGACAGCUUUGUCUUCACCUGCUCCACUUCCUCCCACUAUCCCACUGGUGUUUUCUUCCUCAUCUUCUCUGGCUCCAACAUCACUGACCCCAAGCCAGCAGUCAACCACUCAGCCUCCUUUAACUUCCCUGCUGCUGAGUACGAACACCAGGGCAACUACAGCUGUGUGUAUGAAGUCACAUGGUCUACACGGAAAUACACUUCUCCCACGGCUGCACCAAUUAUUGUUGUCAUCAAAAUGCCUUUGUUGCCGCUGAUCUCCUCAGUAGCAGGUGGGGGUCUGCUGCUGCUCCUGCUGGUCUUGGUGGUUUGUCUGGUUGUCAAGAGAAGACGGCGAGCCAAGCAGCCUGGAACCAUCUUCCAAACUCAAUUGUCUGUCAGAGGCAGUAACGAUUAUGAAGAUGAUGAGGAGGAGGAGGAUGAGCAGGACUAUGUGAAUGUUGAUUCAGUAUACACCAAGGGGAAACUCAAAGAGGAAGCAACAAGCGGGGAAGAAGAGGAGAGUGAUGAAGAUCAUGAUUAUGAGGAAGCGGGCCCCAGUGCAAAUUCUAUAAAGGCCACAGUGGUCUGUUUCGGUGUAAAUGACAACAGAGAAGGAGAAAGCAGUGAUGAUGAAGAUGACUAUGUAAAUGUAAACCAAAGCAGUGAUGAUGAUGAAGAUGACUAUGUAAAUGUAACCCAGCCAUUUGUUGAACAAACAGUGGACAUUUAUGGGGAAAAUGAGGAUUUAAAUAUGGCAUAAUGUAAAUGUAGGAAUAGAACACCUAAAGGAUCAGUCAGUUGGUUUCUAGAUUCUUAGGUUUGGCAUUUACCUACAUGAACUACCAUCCACUGCUAUAGAUCUAAUUUGUUUAUAAUAUUUUAAUAAAUUAGAUAAGUCAAAAAACAAAUCUGUCCGAUAUGCCUGUAACUUCCUAGUGUUGCCAAGUUAUUGUAGGUGUGGCCUGUUAGAUAUAAACUCUGUGCAAAACACAUGCAUAUCAUCUUUCUUUGACGUCCAGGGGCUGAGACCAAAAACUGAUUCUGACCUCUGAGGGCUCGCAGCACUGUUAAACACUCUAAAAUGUUUUGCAACGCUAGCAGCCUGCUAAACUAAUAGGUAGGUAGGUACAUUUAUUGUCACAAUAUAUCAGGUUAUAUAAUAUAAUAUAAGGG